CAUAUUCAGCACCAUACAAUGUAGGCGAAGGGAGACAGAGAACAAAAGGGUGAGCUUCAAGAUCAGAGUCGAAAUUCUAUGGUUUGGAAGGCAAACAGCAGUCGACAAAUUGAAUACACCGGCCGGGCAAUUUCUCCACGGCGACUGGAGAACGAGAGUUCCAAAUGAAAGUCGAGAACCGAGUAGAUGAUCUCUCACAGAGACAUCAGAAACGCACUGCAGUGUGAUUGAAAUGCCAGCCGUAAAAAGGGCUUGAAAUAUAGAUCCUUAUGUAAAAAUCAGGAGAUGGACACUAACUGCUUUGUCUCCCCGAGGAAGACCUGUAAAACCUCCUUUUUUGAGGCCCGAGGGAGGGUAUAACAAGAGAUAUACAGCCAGCUGCUCCGAGACUUAAAGAGUCUUUAAGUUGUAACGUCGAUGGGCGUCUAGUAGGAGGUUUGUGGUGUGGCGCUGCGGUCAACCUUGCACAUACUGUCGCGCGAUAUGCCUAAUGUCUGCAUGUUCGUCUCCUUCUGCUCGCAACCUUGUGUAUCAGCUGCCUCAGGGAGACCACAGCGGACGGGCUUAUCCCAAGUGAGCAUGCACCGUAACCUGCACAAGACAGUGGAUCGGCCUACGCAAACAAUCGGGUAUCUCUGGUAUCCUGCUCACGAUAAUGGUUCGACUCUCGGGUGCGUUCCCUGGCUGGGAGUGCCAAACGCCAGCAAGAUCUCACAGCAUCGGCAGUACAUGGCAAAUGCGUUAGGGGUGUACGCAGACAGCCACAUACAUCGUUAGGAUGCGACUGGGUGACGACACUUGACGUGCAAGUACUGCACCGUGAAGUCGGCUGGGGAUCCCAGAUUCGAACAACAUCUUGAUGCUCGCAACGACGCGGCACGUCAAACGCGAAACAAGCUCCUCGGCUGCGUGUAUGCGAGCCGGGCUGCCAGUGGUAUCUCGAUUUGUGUGGAGAGAAUAUCGAGGUGGACUGUAGGGUCGAGAAUUUCCUGAGGGUGUUGACGGUACGUCGCUGCAUCCUCUGUAUACCCCGUUCGAAGCGCCUAUUCGCCGACGACCGAUCCAAUAUCUUCGUU